CUCUGCAGCUCUCCAAAGGUCCCUUAGUGCUUGUCCUGGCCCAGGUGAUGCAGAAAUCCCUGCUCCAUGGGAGCUAUGCCCCCAGUCCUCUAUGUGUGCAGGAGGUGUGAGGGGCUUGGAUCUCACCCAUGGCUCUGCACUAAGUCCCUGCUUCCAAGCUGAAGUCACGCUCCUGGAGCCCAAAUUCACCCCUCUGGCAGUCCUUAAUGAAUUCCUGUUGUGCCAAGCUGGUAGAGAGCUUCUUCCCAUUAUUAUUUCUUCCCUAAGGUAAAAUCAUUCUCCCUCCUUCCUCCCCCAGCUGGCAUUUAAUCCCAAUACCUCGAUGGCCUCUGCACAUCUCAAAGUGAGGGGACCUUCAUGAUCUGUCCCUGUGGCAGGUGAACUCUUGCCAGCUCCUGCCUUCCCAAACCCUGUUGGCAUCACCCCGGUGUGGGAUGGCUCCCCUGGCCCAGGCAGGGCUCCUGUUCAUCCCCAUGGAUGCAUCCCCGACCUCCCUGGGCAGCUCCUGGCAUGAGCAGCAUUUGUGAUGGAAGGAGGGGUGGAUUAAAUCGGGAAUGGCUGAGCUUUUUGGCCGAGAUUCAAGGGCGUGCCUUGGGAUUAUUGCCCUCCAUCAUCAUCAUCUUCACUGCUGUUCGCUGUGCUCGGUUUCCCUGGCUGCUCUCCCCCAUCCUGGACAGUCCUUCCUGCUCUCCCUGCUCUCCCUUUUUCCUUUCUGAACGUCGUUUUCCUGCCCGAGCACUCAUCGAGCUCGUGGCCUUGAUAUCUUCUGUGGCAUUUGCAUAUAAAGCUCCCCACCAUCCCCCAGAGACCUUCAGGAAGAUGCCAGGGCUGAUGAACUGGGCCACCCUCUCCCGGCUGCCCCUCAUUGCGUCCGAGGUGACAUCCUGUGUCAGCGGCUAUGCCUUUGGGAUGACAGCCCUGCUCACCUACCACAACCCAGACCCCCGGGCUUUGGAAGGUGUCUUUGUGUACCCCUUGGACGAGGGCACGACUGUGGUGGGCUUCGAGGCGGCCGUGUCCCAGCGCACCGUGACAGUGCAGAUCAAAGACAAAGCCAAGACAGAUGUCACCUACUUCGACAGCUGCAGCCUUCCCCCUGGAAAAGCUGCUGAUGGAAGUGGAAGGAUUGUGAUGGAUGAGGACCUGGAGAGAAUUGUUUUUGUGGCCAGCCUGGGCAUGAUUCCUCCCCUGGAAAGUGUCUCCAUCUUCAUCAGCACCUCCUCUGAGCUGCAGACACUGCCCAGCGGGGUGGUGAGGGUCCUUCUGCCAGCUGUGUGUGUCCCCAAGGUCCCCCAGCCCAGCCUGGAGAGUGCCAGCAGCUUUUCCAGCCACCAGCUCCGAUUGGACAAACACCACUGCGCAUCGGGGGGCCCGGAGCAGGGAAGCAGGUUCUGCCUGGCUCAGCUGCUGGACAGUGAGGCCACCAACCCCUUUGAGUACGAGUUCAGCUUCCACCUGGAGAUCCGGGGGCCGUGUUUGCUGGCAGGAGUUGAGAGCCCCACACACGAGAUCCGAGCCGACGCCGACCCCUCGGCUCGCUCUGCCAAGAGCAUCGUGAUCACACUGGCCAACAAACACACCUUCGACAGACCCGUGGAGAUCCUGAUCCAUCCAAGUGAGCCCCACAUGCCCCACGUCUUAAUGGAAAAGGGUGACAUGAGCCCUGCAGAGUACGAACGGCACCUGAAGGGGAAGAACGAUUUCAUUAAAGGCACUAAGAAAGACCCCAGUGCCAAGAAAAAGAUGGAAAUCAUCAGGAAACGACUGAACAAGGACAUCCCCCACCACCCUGUCAUCAUGCUCAACUUCUGCCCUGAUCUGAGCACUGUGCAGCCAGGCCUCCGGACAGCCCAGGGAGAGUUCAUCUUCCUGGUGGACCGCAGCAGGAGCAUGAGCGGUGUGAGCAUCAGCCGUGCCCAGGAUGCUCUAUUGGUCAUUCUCAAGAGCCUGAUGCCAGCGUGUCUCUUCAACAUCAUUGGGUUUGGAUCCACCUUCAAGACCCUCUUUCCUGUCAGCCAGGGCUAUUGUGAGGAGAGCCUGGCCAUUGCCUGCCAGAGCAUCAGGAGGAUCAGGGCUGAUAUGGGCAGCAUCAACCUCUUAUCUCCCCUCAAGUGGGUCACCCGCCAGCCCAUCCACAGGGGCCACCCCCGGCUGCUCUUUGUGCUGACAGCCGGGGCCAUCAGCAACCCCGGCAAGGUUCUGGAGCUGCUGCGGGACCACUCCUGCUCCACCAGGUGCUACAGCUUUGGCAUCGGGCCCAAUGCCUGCAGGAGGCUGGUCCAGGGUCUGGCUGCCGUGUCCAGGGGCAGCUCCGAGUUCCUGGCCGAGGGGGAGAGGCUGCAGCCCAAGAUGAUCAGGUCGCUGAAGAAGGCGAUGGCACCGGUCCUGAGCGAUGUGUCUGUGGAGUGGGUGUUUCCUGAGAGCACUGAGGUCCUGGUGUCCCCUGUCAGCAGCAGCUGCCUGUUCCCUGGUGACCGUCUGCUCAGCUAUGGUGUCAUCUGUGACACCUCCCCGUACCUCUCCAACCCCAGAUCUGACAAGAGGCGGCGGUACAGCAUGAUGCAUUCCCAGGAGUCGGGCAGCUCCGUUUUCUUUCACUCCCAGGAGGAGGGAGCAGGUUUGGAGAGCUGGAACCACUCCAGAGACUCGGAGGGCUCCUGCCCCACCAAGCGCUCCCCAGACCGCCUGGGCGUGGGCAGAGAUCCUGGGGGAGAGUCGGACACGGACACGGGAGUGGAUGUGAAGGCUGUGUCCAGGAGACGGGCGUACAGCACCACCCAAAUCUCCGAGCACGAGCCCCGCAGGAAGGUGCCCACAGCCAGCGAUCCUGGCACGGCCCUGGUGAAAAACCCCCUCCGAAAAACUCACCUGCAGGACCUGCAGCAGGUCAGCCCCGAGCCCUGGCAGGUGGAUGUCCAGCCCCUCCCGGCCAUCCCGCACGGUUCUGCCGCCAGGGUCCGUGGCACAGGCGCCCGGCGCCCAGCCCUGCUCCAGCACAGCUGUGUGUCCUUCUGCCACGACACCGACUGCCCAGCACUGCCCGAGGGGCUGCAGGAAACCCCGGCAAGGGGCUUGGAGGCGUCCGAUGGCAUCACGAGCCUGCACUCCUCGUCGGACAGCCGGAGCCCCGGGGACCCGGAGUCUGCCCAGCAUCCAUCCCUCACCUUUGAGACAGAGACCUCCUCCGACUGGGAGCCCCAGGACCUGGAUAUCAGCGCUGCCUGUGGCUCCCCACGCUCCCCCAGGACCCUCUGCAAGGCAGUGGUGAAGGGGCUGAGGAACAACGAGCCCGUGCAGUGGGAAGUCACGUUUGAUAUCCACCCUCUGUUCCAAGAGAGGGAGAGCCAGGAGGAUGGUGACACAGACCUGUGGAGUGAGACCUUCCACCACCUGGCAGCCAAGUCACUCAUCCAGGAUUUCGAGCAGCUCGCUGAGAGGGAGUGUGAAAUCGAGCAUGGCUCUGGGCGGCGGUUCCAGCUCAGCGCUGUCCACACCAGCAAGGCCUGUAAUGUCAUCAGCAAGUACACAGUGUUUGUGCCUGUGGACCUGAGCACCAGCUCCUACCUGCCCUCCCUGGUCCAGUACACCCACACAGGGGUGACAUCCAAGCAAGGCAACCAGAGGAAAGAGAAGAGUUCAGGGAGCAGAAGGCAUCGUGGCUGUUCCCCUGGACGUCCUCAGUCAGUGUGUGGCCAGAGUGGAGAUUAUGGAUUUUACAGCACGAAUGCUGAGGAGAGCAGCCCGUCGCCCUCCAGCACCCUGUCCUCAUCUGCCUGGGAGCGCUGCCGUGUCCCUGAAGGGCCGUUCCACAGCCUGUCUGCUUCCUCUGCACAAGCCCAAAAAUCCAUCGAGAGGCUCUUUGCUGCCAGGCUGACCCUCAAUAAAACCAUGCUGCUGGUUCGAGCUGCCAAAGGCUUCAUGAGUAAAUCUCCAGGCAGAGGGAAUGAAGCCGGCUCUGAGGGUGACAGUGAGAGCAUGGAUUACCUUCCCCUGGUGUCCCUGCAGCUGGCCUGUGGUGCCUUCCUUCUGAAUUCAGCCUUCUGCGAUGCCAUCAACAUCCCCAUGGAGAAGCUGAAGUGGACAUCGCCCUUCACCUGCCACCGCCUGUCCCUCAGCCCCUCCGGCUCCUACAGCACCAAGAGGAGCAGUCCCUCCUCGGAGCACACAGCCCUGAACUCCAGCCAGCAGCUGCUGGUCCUCGGUGGGCAGGGGAAGGAUUCCAGCACCGGAGACAUGGCUCGGGGAGCGGGGCAGGCUCGGGGAUGGGGGCAGGCUCGGGGAGCAGGGCAGGAGGACAGCACUGGGCACACAGCUCGGGGAGCAGGGCACGCUCCCAGCACUGGACACACAGCUCGGGGAGCAGGGCAGGCUCGGGGAGCAGGGCAGGAGGACAGCACUGGGCACACAGCUCGGGGAGCAGGGCAGGCUCGGGGAGCAGGGCAGGAGGACAGCACUGGACACACGGCUCGGGGAGCAGGACAGGCUCGGGGAGCAGGGCAGGAGGACAGCGGCCGCCUCCGGCACCUGUCGGGCAGCGCAGCCGAGAGCAUCUCCCGAGCCCUGAGAGCCGAGAAGGAGCUGUCCCCUCCUGCCAUCACCAUCCGCAGCUUCUCCUCCCCGCCCGAGUGCCGGGCUGACAGCGGCCAGGGCUGGGACACCGACGGCUCCGAGCUGCAGGCUUUGCUCUCGGCCGUGGAGCUGCAGCAGCAGACGGAGCCCGAGGGGAUGCUCUGGGCCACGGCUGUGGCGCUGGCCUGGCUGGAGCACAGCUCAGCUUCCUACUUCAUCGAGUGGGAGCUGGUGGCUGCCAAAGCCAGCCUGUGGCUGAGCAGGCAGCGCUUCCCCGAGGGAUCCAGCCUGGCCGCGGUGAAAGCUGCAGCCCAGCAGCUCUUUGUGCUGCUCCGUCACUGGGAUGAAAACCUGGAGUUCAACCUGCUCUGCUACAACCCAGGCAGUGUGUAAGAGGAGGAGGAGCAGGGAGGCAGGUUAGUGAGGGCUCAGGAGCAGGGAUCUGCCCUUAAGGAAAUGCCUCCAAGGAGCUCGACUCCUCUGCUGCAGGGAUGUGCGUUUAUUAGAGCAAACCCUGCAAACACAGCAGCCUGGGCAAAAUCCUGCACUCAGCAGUCAGGAUUUUGCCCUGUUAGGGAACCUACCACUGCCUGCAGUAGAUGCUUUUUAUUUUCAACUGGAUCAGCACUUCCAGCUACAGCAGUUCCCUCUGAUCCUGGUUUCUUCUGGUCUCAGCCCAGUUUCCAGAGCAGAUCUUGUGGCCUGCUCCACUUUCCCUGUCCUUGCUUAGAUGCCUCUUCCCAGCCCUGAAUCAUUGCCAAGCCCCCACUGGAGCCCCUCAGCCCCAAAUCCCUGCUUUCCUGAGGGUCCUGCCAUCUCAGAUGGCUUUCAGAAAAGGCAAAGGUCUGACAACAUGCUCACCUCAUGGAUCAAAGGGAAUCUGUGCUGGGAAUGCCCAUGUGGAGAGCUGCCCUGCUCACACAGGCAGGAGGAUGGAGCCCAGCCCCGCACAAAGAAGCCAGGCCAGUUGGAGGCUGGGACCAAACCCCAUCACACCCACACAGUGCUGGGCUCCCUCAGGCCCUCUGCAAUCCCAGCAGGAGCUUGUGAGAUCCCUUGCAGCCAACGUGUGCCUUUGGAGCUUCACAGGCAGAGCCAGGGUGCCCGGGAUUGAAGGACCAAGUGCCUCUGCAGACGGUGCUGCUGUUUGCAGCGUGGCUGCAAUGCCCGUGGAGCCCAUCCCGAACCCACUGCCUUCGCUCCCUGCCUUGGCAUGUAGCAGCCUUGCCUGUCCCAGCAGGCUUCUGUCUCGUGUCUGUGUGUCUGGGGGUGACACAGGAGGGAAACCAGUGCUGGGGACCUGAGCACUCCUCCAGUCUCUGCUGUGGUGUCACCUCUCCAAGGUCCCCAGGACCAUGAGCAUCCCUCUGGUCUCUGCUCUCAGUGUGGCCUCUCCAGGGUGUCCAGGAUCAUCCUUCUGGUCUCUCCUCUGGUUUCACUUCUCUCGGGUCUUCAGGAGCUUCCCUCUGGUCUCUGCUUUCAGUGUCAGCUCUCUGGGCUCCACAGAGCCUCGAGCAUCCCUCCAGUCUCUGCUUUAAUGUGACCUCUCUGAGGCGCCCAGAGCCGUCAGCAGCCCUCUGGUCCCUGCCCUGGUGUCACCUCUCUGGGUCCCCAGUGUCCAAUGCUCAGUGGAGCUGCAGGUGCUGCAGGUUUGCUGCCUGGGUGCCUUGGCACAGUCGUGUUCUCUGUUGUUGCACAAGUGUUGUUGUCCCAGUAAAUCACAGCCUGCUCUAC